AUGGCGACUUCGGGCGCGCUGUUCCCAAGCCUGGUGCCGGGCUCCCACGGGUCCUCCAACAAAUACUUGGUGGGGUUUCGGGCCGGGAAGAUGUCGUUGAAAGGAACCACCGUGACCCCAGACAAGCGGAAAGGGCUGGUGUACAUCCAGCAGACGGACGACUCCCUCAUCCACUUCUGCUGGAAGGACAGGACGUCCGGGAACGUGGAGGACGACUUGAUCAUCUUCCCUGAUGACUGCGAGUUCAAGCGGGUGCCUCAGUGCCCCAGCGGGAGGGUCUACGUCCUCAAGUUCAAGGCAGGGUCCAAGCGGCUCUUCUUUUGGAUGCAGGAGCCCAAGACUGACCAGGAUGAGGAGCACUGCCGCAAAGUCAACGAGUAUCUCAACAACCCCCCGAUGCCUGGGGCGCUGGGGGCGAGUGGGAGUGGAGGCCACGAGCUCUCUGCCCUCGGCGGUGAGGGCGGCCUGCAGAGCCUGCUGGGGAACAUGAGUCACAGCCAGCUCAUGCAGCUCAUCGGACCGGCCGGCCUUGGAGGACUGGGUGGGCUUGGGGCCCUGACAGGGCCAGGCCUGGCCAGCUUACUGGGGAGUGGAGGACCUCCAGCGAGCAGCUCUUCCUCCAGUUCCCGGAGCCAGUCGGCAGCGGUCACCCCAUCCUCCACCACCUCUUCUACCCGCGCCACCCCAGCCCCUACUGCUCCAGCUGCUGCCUCAGCGACUAGUCCAAGCCCCGCACCCAGUUCAGGUGACGGAGCCAGCGCAGCAGCCAGCCCAACCCAGCCCAUCCAGCUGAGUGACCUCCAGAGCAUCCUAGCCACCAUGAAUGUGCCGGCUGGGCCAGGAGGCGGCCAGCAAGUGGACCUGGCCAGUGUGCUGACACCAGAGAUCAUGGCCCCCAUCCUUGCCAACGCGGACGUCCAGGAGCGCCUGCUGCCCUACCUGCCCUCUGGAGAGUCACUGCCACAGACUGCGGAUGAGAUCCAGAACACGUUGACCUCGCCCCAGUUCCAGCAGGCCCUGGGCAUGUUCAGCGCAGCCUUGGCCUCGGGGCAACUGGGCCCCCUCAUGUGCCAGUUUGGUCUGCCUGCGGAGGCUGUGGAGGCCGCCAACAAGGGCGAUGUGGAAGCAUUUGCCAAAGCUAUGCAGAACAAUGCCAAAUCCGAGCAGAAAGAGGACGACACAAAAGACAAGAAAGAUGAAGAGGAAGAUAUGAGUUUAGAUUAAGUUAUUUGCUGUCUUAAGGAAUUAGAAAUCCUAGUCCUGUGAGUCUAGUAGUGGCGUUUGUGAUUCAUUGCAUAUCCUCACCUGUUUAAGCUCACUAAUAAAUAAAAGUUUUCUCUUUUAUCUGCCAA